UCAGACGUCGCCGUGAAUCGGGAGUGCGGCUGCCUCGCUGAGUGGCCUCGGUUCGCAGCCAAUGGCGACGGCUGUUGUUGGUCCGCUCGGUGACAUUGAGAAGACGGAAGAUGGGGGGAGUGAGGCUGGAAAUAUUCCGGAUGUUCCUUUAUCUGUCAUUUCCUGUGACAGUAUUUUGGGUCUCGAAUCAAGCAGAAUACUUUGAGGAAUAUGUGGUCAAAAGGAAGAGAGAAAUCUAUCCGCCAGAAGACAAGAUGCAUCGAAAAGAACUAGAAGACUUCAAGGAACGGAUGAGGAAAAAGCAGGAAGAGAAACUCUUGCGUCAAGCAGAAACCCAGAAGGUUCAGGAACACUAAUACAGAUUCAAUACUGCAAAAGUUGCCAGCACUAGCUAGCAUAUCUUCAAUUAAUCCAAGCUGUUGGAACUUUGCAAAAUUAUUUUUUCUGUCUUCUGGGAAACCUUAUCAGCAGUGAUUACCUUGCCAGACAUUUCUGUUUUGACCUGAUCGGUAUAAGUUAUUUUUUUACUCAAUAAAAUCACUUAAAUAUAAUUAUGAUGCAGGAGACAACUGUUUGACAGACUUCUACAUAUAAGUUGCCCAGGAUGAUCACCAUUUAUGCUUGCUUUUGACCAAAAGGUGUUUUUUUUUGGAAUUUGCAUUGAUGCAUUAACCUCAUUGGCAUGUGGCGUGGCAACUUCCUGACCUGGGAUAAUAAUAUAAAGACAUGGUUGUACUUUGCAGGGCUUUAAACUGUGUUUCUGUCAACCUAGUUUUGGUUCCUGUAUUAGUAGGUGUUGCAAUAUUUAAAGGUUCAAGUUUCCUAGUAUUCCUCCAGUUCCAAAGUGAAAGCAAAUGUUCCAUUAGCUUUAUCUUCAGGAGAGCAACAGACCCUGCCAGUGGGAGUUGUUGUCAUUUACAUAGCUGUGCCACUUUCUGAAGCAAUUUACUAUUGCAAAACAGUCACAGUUUCUAAAUACAGGUUCCUUUUUAAUGCUUCUAUUUCAAGGAUGUCUUUGAUCCAUAACAUUUGUGGCCCAUUGCACAGCACAAAUGUGUCAGAAUCCAAAAAGCCUUAUUUCCAUAAGCGAGAGCAAAGGAUCAAAGAAAUAACACCAAGCUCUUAUGUAGAAAUUUAAAAAAAAGUUGGCUCCAAAGUUCUUUUGAUAAAAGCUACUCAUUGGGCUUUGAUACCAGACUACAUUGAAUUACUUUUGACAUUUAGCUUGGGUAACAUGAUAGAGGAAAAAAAUGAUUGAAUACACAAAUGUUCAGUGGUUGAGCCGUGAGUCAGGUGAUGUCCUAAAUAUUAGAAACAUAUAGGGAACCAGGAGAGAGCACUGGUGACAGCAACUUGCAUUUGUAUAAUGCCUUUAAUAUGGUACAAUGUUCAAGGGAACGCUAUCAAAUAAGAUUUGACACUAAGCCACAUAAGGAGAUAUUAGGCCAACAAGAUAUAUUUUAAGGUGUGUCUUAAAAAGGAGCAGGGAGAGAUGAAAAAGCUUACGGAAUUCCAGAGCUUGGGGCCAAGGUAGCUGAAAGCCCAAUAUGGAGAGACAGAAAAGAUUAGGAAGCAGUCACAGAGUAAACAGUAAGAGAAGUCUUAUAAUUAAAAGUUUCUCGUGUAUCUGCAUGUGCAGAAACUCAUCGAAUAAUAUGAAAUGUGGGGAAGAAAUUUGUUAUUUCAGAACAAAUUAACAAAAGCCACUACCACAUUGAGGAGACUGAAAAGGAAAUGUUGUGGUCUGUAUAAUAACUAAUGUAUUUGGUUAAUGACUAAUUGAUCAGGGAAACGUAGAAUCAGAACUGGGAGAGCAAAAUAAAUCUUUGAGUUCAA